CUCAGCCAAAGUCGAGUAUCCGCCGAUAAAAUCCAUCGGAAAUUACAUAAAUGCUCGGCAUCUUUACUCAUUACCAAAGAAUAAGCGAUAAAAGCGAGCACCUGGAAAGGGGAACUUGGACUUAUCGUUCGUUCAGUCUAAAGGGGGCAAUCUCUGAUCGACGCGAGACUUAUCUGUGGCUCGUACGCUUUCUCUAUCCCCUCUUUGUGCAAACGGACAUACCACCACAAACACAACCAACAAUAAUAUCAAAAAGCUUCUGUCUGCUUAACAUCUGAUCAGUUGAGACCUUCUUGUGCGAGUCAUCGGGUGCUUGUGUCCAUCGUACAGUUGUGAUAUGUCUUAAGAGAACAUCGGCUGUGAAUUAUUGCCUAGGAAAACACGCACGAAUCAAUUCGAGCGGUGACGAUGGGGACGAUGUUCAGAAGCGAGGAAAUGGCCUUGUGCCAGCUGUACAUUCAGCCAGAGGCGGUUUAUCUCACGGUGUCCGAGCUCGGCGAGGCUGGGAUCGUCCAAUUCCGAGACCUCAACGAAAAAGUCACCCACUUCCAACGGAGAUUCGUCAACGAGGUUCGACGAUGCGACGACCUGGAGCGAAAGCUGCGUUACAUCGAAGCCGAAGUCAAAAAGGACGAGGUGCCGAUCGUGGAGGAUCUGAAAGACCUGCCACGCGCCCCCAACCCGCGUCAGAUGAUCGACCUCGAAGCGAGGGUCGAGAAGUCCGAGGGUGACAUUCGCGAAUUGAGUCAGAACGCGGUGAAUCUGAAAAGCGACUAUCUCGAGCUGAUAGAGCUGCGCCAUGUGCUCGAGAAAAACCACGUGUUUUUCGCUGAGGACGAGGCCAACGACUCCAUCCGACCUCUUAUCAGCGACGAGAAUCAGAUGCAGACCAGCCGGGGACGCUUAGAAUUCGUCGCCGGGGUGAUCAGUCGCGAGCGCAUGCCUGCUUUCGAACGUAUGCUGUGGCGUAUCUCCCGUGGUAAUGUCUUUCUGCGCCAAGCCAACCUUGACGAGCAGCUGGAGGAUCCCACUACGGGCGCCGCUAUUUACAAAACCGUCUUCGUCGCCUUCUUCCAAGGCGAGGAACUCAAGAGCCGCAUUAAAAAGGUUUGCAUCGGCUUUCACGCUUCCCUCUACCCUAUCCCCAACAGCCAUGCCGAGCGCAUGGAGAUGGUCAAGGGUGUACGCACGCGGCUGGAAGAUCUCAAUCUGGUGUUGAACCAAACGAACGAUCACCGUCAGCGGGUCCUUCGCAGCGUGGCCAAGGAGCUGCCCCUCUGGACGAUCAUGGUGCACAAGAUGAAGGCCAUCUACCACACCAUGAACCUCUUCAGCAUAGACAUAUCGAAGAAGUGCCUCAUCGGAGAGUGCUGGGCACCGAUUUCUGAUCUGGCUGCGCUGCAAGAUUGCUUGACCGAAGGAUCGCGCCUCUGCGGCAAUUCCAUCCCUUCGUUUUUGAACGUGAUCGAAACUAACGACAAUCCGCCCACGUUCAACAGGUCGACUAAGUACACGCGGGCUUUCCAAAUUCUCAUAGACUCCUACGGUGUUUCCUCGUACCGCGAGGCCAACCCCGCCCUCUAUGCCAUCGUGACUUUUCCGUUUCUCUUCGCCGUCAUGUUUGGCGACGUUGGACAUGGACUGAUAAUGUUCCUGUUCGGCCUUUACAUGGUCCUUCAGGAGAAGAAGUUCAUGGCUCAGAAAUCCAGCAACGAGAUCUGGAACAUCUUCUUCGGCGGUCGUUACGUCAUUCUGCUCAUGGGACUUUACUCCGUGUACACGGGAUUCGUUUACAACGACCUCUUCUCCAAGUCGAUGAACAUAUUCGGAUCGAGUUGGGAAAUCCGCAAGGUCGCGUUUCCAAAGUUUUCGAACGUCACCGAGAAGAAGCAGCACUUGCUGUUUCCAAAGAAAUCGUACAUCGAUCAUCCGUAUCCGAUCGGUGUGGAUCCGGUCUGGGCACUGGCGGAGAACAAAAUCAUUUUUCUGAACUCCUUCAAAAUGAAGCUUUCCAUAAUUUUCGGAGUCGUCCAUAUGAUUUUCGGCGUCUGCAUGAGCGCCGUUAACAUGGUACACUUGAGAAAGUACGCGAGCCUCUUCGUCGAGUUCCUGCCGCAGUUGCUGCUUCUGCUGGUACUCUUCGCGUACUUGGCUUUCCUCAUGUUUCUCAAGUGGGUACUUUACAGCGGUUUGAUAAAAGGUCGAUAUUCCGAGUCUUGCGCUCCGUCGAUCCUCAUAACCUUCAUCAACAUGAUGCUCUUCGGCAGCUCGGACCCCGAGGAACCCUGCGAGGAGUUCAUGUUCCCGGGCCAUGCCACCAUGCAGCUGGUAUUCCUCGGAAUAGCGCUGGUGUGCAUCCCGGUGCUGCUUUUCGGCAAACCGCUUCACUUCCUCUUCACCCACAGGAAGAAGGGCGUUGUCCACGCGAACGGCUCGGCUUCCCAGAACAUCAGCAACGGCGUGGCCGGUCCCAGCGGCUCCAAAGUCUCCCACGAGGAGCACGAGGAGUUCGGCGAGGUGAUGAUCCAGCAGGCGAUCCACACGAUCGAGUACGUGCUGUCCACGAUAUCGCACACGGCCUCGUACCUUCGUCUCUGGGCCCUGUCACUGGCCCACGCCCAGCUCUCGGAGGUGCUCUGGAACAUGGUGAUGGGCAAGAUUCUCAGCUUCCCACUCAUGACGAUGGGGGUCGAGGUUGAGAUAGAGAUGGCCAUCAAGGGCGUCGCGAUGUUCCUCGCAUUCGGCGCCUGGUCAGUCUUCACCCUGGCUAUUCUGGUCCUCAUGGAGGGACUGUCAGCUUUUCUUCACACCUUACGUCUUCACUGGGUCGAGUUUAUGAGCAAGUUUUACAAGGGUGAAGGCUACCUCUUUCAGCCGUACUACUUCAAGACCAUUCUUGACUCGGAGGAUUGCCCGGAUCAAGACUAAAAGUAAACAUUUUUGUAACUGGAGGACUGGAGUAGAAUAAUUGUUGAAAUAUAAUUGUACCAGAAUUCAAUAAUAAAAGUAUUUCGCUGAAACCGCAUGUUAUAAUUUGUA